GAGUAGAAGUGAUCAUAACACCGGUUGGGAGCUCCGAGGGCGGUUGACAAGAUGGAGUCCGUGGGUCGGUGGGUCACGGUCACGGUGGCGCUGUGCUUGCUGGGCUGUGUGGCCGGGAUCAUGGCCGAUACAGAGUCUGAUACUACAGUGUGUUCCCAAUUGACUAACACAAGCUGUGAGCAGUGUCUGAAGAAUGUCAAGUGCCUUUGGUGCAGCACGGACAAUGAAUGUAUGGUUUACCCACUCAAAAAGCUCCUGCCUCCUGCAUCCAUAUGUAAACUGAGUAGUGCCCGCUGGGGAGUUUGCUGGGUUAAUUUUGAAGCUUUGAUCAUCGCCAUGUCUGUGGUUGGAGGAGUCGUCAUUAUUUCUAUAUGUAUCUGCUGUUAUUGUUGUUGUUGCAGAAAGAAGAAGAAGAGCAGAAGCGCUGCUCUGGACAAUGAAAAAGCUUUAAGACAACAGGAAGAGCGAAAAGUACGUCAGGAGGAAAGGAGAGUUCAAAUGAAGACACGACAUGAUGAAAUAAGGAAGAAAUAUGGUCUGUUUAAAGAAGACAACCCUUAUUCCAAGUUUGAAGCCUAAUCUCCUGGAAAUGACUACUGCUUCUUUACGAGGCUACAAAUUCUCUCCUCCGCUGAAGCAUCCCCAGAUCUUUCAAUUGAUAAACAUUCCUUGGUAUAUAGGUCAGAGGUUGUUCCUAGAAGCCCUUACAGUGCAAGUUUGUAGAGACUCCUCACCUGGGCACUAAUGGCUUUUUAGCACACAUUAAUUUUCAUAAACGAUUGAAACACUUGUGCCAGUUGAAGAGAAUUCUUUUAAGCCUGUGCUUUUUGGGCCUCUUUACCAACUGUGCUCCCAACCCAUCCUUCUUCUUAGGGGGGUUACUGCUCUAAGAAUUUAUUCCCAUAAUUUGAUUCUGAAAGAGAAGCUGCACUAUCACCAUGUUUUCUCCCGUGGUGUAUAAUGUACCUUAAUGUAAAACAUAGAAAACAAUAUAGCAAAAUAUGUACCAAUGAAUGCAAAAACAGAAUACCCUAGAACUUGCAUUGAGUUGAUCUCCAUACAAGACCUACAAAAAGAUUGAAGCAAACAAUACUAUUGUAGAACGCUGACAAAAAGCAACUUCUAAACCCAAAGAUGCUCUUCAAAGCCUUUACUAAAUUUAAAUGAGGAACAUUUGUGGGUGUAGGGGCAGUUUAGCUCUGCACAAUUCCUCCCAUAAUGCCUUAAAAUAAAUUAUACAAUAAAAGGUUCAACACAAGUGCCUAUUCUGCUUCGGGGAAAUCUGCCUUGCCUGAUAGAUGCACAGUUAAUUAAAACCAAUAUAUCUAUGUCAGCAACAAAGUACCAAAUUUAGCCAUUUACAUCCUCAAACAUUCUGUCAUAUAUUAUUUAAUUUGUCACCUAUAGAAUUUAGAAAUUUAAAAUUACAAAUAGAAUGUAUUUUCUUGACCCUUCCUCUAUGCUUUAUAGAUUUACUUGGAGCAAGGUGGGGAAGGUUUUUAAUGGUAUUGCAUAAAAUCUGUUUAAACUCUAAGUAAAGGUUUAG